ACGGUCGGGCGGCUAUAUAAAGAAAGGAGGCUUACUUGUCGGCUUCAUUUCGUUUCGCCGGUUUCUAAGCGUUCAGAUCGCCAGUAAAUUUCCUGUUCGUCAUGGGGUUUGAAAUUCCAGAACCUUUUUGCUGGGACGAGAGUUUUCGAGUUUUUUAUGAAAACUUGGACGAGGAACACAAGGGGAUAUUCAAGGGAAUAUUUGACUGCGCCGGAGACAGAGGAAACAGCGACAAGCUGAACGCCCUGGUGAAAGUUACAGCAAAUCAUUUCGACGAUGAAGAGGGAAUGAUGUCUAAGGCCAACUGGGAGGACUUUCCUCAACACAAAAAGUGUCACGACGAAUUCCUGGCCAAACUGAAGUCUCUUUCAUGUCCCUUGGACGAUGCAACCAUCAACUUUGCCAAAGAUUGGCUUGUUAACCACAUAAAGGGGGUUGACUUCAAGUAUAAAGGCAAGCUGUAGGAAUCCAAUAUGGAACAAUCCAGAGCAUCUUGUGCUACGUGACUGCUUCGAUUGCUUACGUAAACUGGCGAAAGACGCUUAGAACAUUCUCAAAGUCUGUUGAUUAAAUUUGUAAUUUAGACAUGUGCAUGAACGCCUGUUAGUGUAUGGUCUGUAACAAUCAGUGCCAACUUUGAUUUUGUGCCCACUUUAUUGAGGCAAUAUAUUGAUAGACUUGCAUGAGCAAAACAAUAAGUUACAUGUAAUAAUCUGAACUUUAUAUUCAAGCAAUAGCGAUUUAUGGCAGUGAUCAAUGAUUAUAAAAAUUAUAACCUGAUUCAAUAAAAUUGUAACAUUAUAA